UCACUUUGCAAUCGUCAUAUCCUUACAGUUUGUUAAAUACGGGAGGAAAGCCGUGGACUUUGGUCUGGGAUACCCAUCAGGAAAGUUGAUGUUUAGGCCCACUGGCCUUGGUUUGAUGCGAAUUCUAUUGUCGGUUUUUUUCAUUGCAUGUUGUCUGUGGGAGGACUUUUGUCCCCCAGGUUUCCAGGUUCUCUUUUCAUUCGUUAUAUUACCACUCUCUUCGGCCUUAGUUUUACCUGUCUUGCUGUUACUCCGGAUUUUUUUGUUCUGUCUUUAUCAAUGGGCUCGUGCUGAGGUACCAUGGCACUCCAUCUCAUCUUUCGCUGGCUGGUAGUUCGCUAGUUUAGCAGCAAUUUCUACAUGAUCGAUUACAAGAUCGGGGAUCAAUUGAUUAUUCUGCGACCGGGGUAACUCCAUCUUUC